GCUAUUUUUUUAGCGACCGCGUUCGUGUUGAUGUUGUACGUAAACCCUGGAGAACAACGAAAAAGUCUUCGCUUGUGUUCGAGGAGCAUGCUGGACGGAAAUCAAUACACCAAGGAAACAAACGGAAAUUUCCUGAGUGUCAAUCAACAUAGACCUUGUGUGCUUCGUCAGUACAGCAUCGAAGAUACUGCAUCGUGUUUAGAUUGGCUCUCGUCGUCCAUCAAAAACGAUCCAUCAGCUGAUGCAAAGUCACGGGGUAAAUUCCACAUUGCUUUUGCUGGUGAUUCGAGAAUCCGCAUUCAAUAUCUCAGUUUCCUCAAGUUGAUUCCGGACUACGACCGAGACUCGGAAAUGGAUCCAACUGCCAAACAUAAAGACGCAGAUGUGGUCAGUCCCUUGUUUGGUGAUUUGCUGAUCAGUUUCCGCUGGCGUCCGCUUAUCGCCGGUAAAGUGGUUGAGGAUUUGAUCCACUGGAUCGAUAUUCUUGACAAUGGCAUUAAGCAAAGAAAGAAUAGCAGCGAUUACCCUCCCGAUGUCCUUGUCAUCGGUAUGGCUUCGUGGGACAUGCUGCAACAAGAAGGUGACGAUCAUAUUUGGUAUCAGAAAGGGGUGCAAGGAUUGGUUCCAUUGCUCCAGAAGCUAAUGCUCCAUAGCAAAGACUUAGUACUUACAAACAAUGGCAAAUCGAGGGAUGUGCGUCAUCGCAAAAUCAUUUGGUUAAACCAGUACACGACAUUUGAUUUCUUCGCCGACAACGCUGGAGCAAAUCGCGUCAUAUACAAAGAGAAACUGCAACAUUACAAUCAAAUUGCUCGGCAAAUUUUCAGGGGCAGCGGCAUAACAGUGUGGGAUUCCGGUGAUGCGAUUGCUGAAGAGGCCGUUCGUGCAUGCAAAUUGCAUCAUCGCUACGAACGCGUCAAAGACUUUAUGAGCGUGGCCUAUAUCAAUUGCAAAGAUUACAUUCACGCUGGCUACAUUGCAUUGCAACAAAUGACUCAACUCCUCUACAAUGACGUGUGCAAUAAUCAACCUGAUGAAUUUUAAA